GGGAGAGAGGAGGGGAGAGGAGAGAGGAAGACAGAGAGAGAAAGAGAGAGAAGGGAGAGAGAGAGAAAGGAGAGAUCACAGGCAAGAGGGACGUAGAAGCGAGCAAAAAGCAAGAGUGAAGCAGUGAAAAGAAGCAAUGACCAAGGGAGAAGAGAAGCUAAGGUCCUGGUGACCCCGGGCGUCCAAGUGGAUUAUUGGGGCAAAACUGGAGGGGAGGCAGCAACCAGGUGCCUAGUCCUUCUCAUUACACGUAAUCCCAAAUCAGCAGCCAAUGAAGACGAGAGGCAGCGGGUGACAAAAAUAAUUUCAAAAGCCCUCGAGGAAAUGUAAACCAAGGGGAAAGUAUGAAUGGUGUGUCUGAAAGACCAGUGUGCCCAGCGCUUCCUUCUGUCCCUAGCUGGGGACGGUGGCCCGGCCCAGCCCAGCCCUGCCACCAGCCACCUACUUACUGGUGAUCUGAUUUUUUCUCUUCUCUUCCUUCUUAUUUUGGGAUAUCCAAGGAUACUGAAUUUGGAAACUAAACAUUGUUCUCUUAGCCUCUCUUCAAAAACACCAACUUUUGCCCCUCGUUGUCAAAGUAAUAUUUUGUGAUCUUAGCUAUCAGUUCUAUUUAUUAUUAUUUUUUUCUACCUAAGGAAAACGCCAACAUUCUCCCCAUUUUCCCCUCCAAGCCUCUGUCCCCCCCCCCACCCCGCCCCAAGCCUUCCUUUCUUCCCUUGCUACCCCUACUUGGUGCUCUUCACCUGGUUUGCCUGGAAUCACAGCCCAGCGGAACCUGUUUAGACACAUGGAGAAGGAUCCCAACUGUGCAAGGCACAGAGCCUGCUUCUUCUUCCUAAGCUUUGCCAACGCUUCCUGGAAGUCCUGAAUCUCUUGCAGUGCAGUGAGUUCAUGCACCUUCUUGCCAAGCCUCAGUCUUCGGGAUCUGGGGAGGCUGCAUCGAAAGCUCUGCCUGCUUUUCCUAACUCCUUUUGCACAGCUCCUGGUCUCCUUUGCCAGGCCCAGCUGCUCCCCUGGUCCCCUUUCCCCUGUUUCGCACAUGAAGAUGCACUUGCAAAGGGCUCUGGUGGUCCUUUCACUGCUGAACUUCGCCACAGUCAGUCUCUCCCUCUCCACUUGUACCACCUUGGACUUUGGUCACAUCAAGAGAAAAAGAGUGGAAGCCAUUAGGGGACAGAUCUUAAGCAAGCUGCGGCUCACCAGCCCUCCUGAGGCAUCAACGUUGGCCCAUGUGCCCUACCACAUCCUAGCCCUAUAUAACAGCACCCGGGAGAUGCUGGAGGAGAUGCAGGAGGAGAAGGAGGAAAGCUGCACUCAGGAAAACACUGAGUCGGAAUACUAUGCCAAAGAAAUCCAUAAGUUCGACAUGAUCCAGGGUCUUGCAGAGCACAAUGAGCUAAGUGUGUGUCCCAAAGGCAUUACCUCGAAGGUUUUCCGCUUCAACGUCUCCUCAGUGGAGAAGAAUGGAACCAACUUAUUCCGAGCUGAAUUCCGAGUCCUGAGGGUGCCCAACCUCAACUCCAAACGGACGGAGCAGAGAAUCGAGCUCUUUCAGAUCCUGCGGCCUGAUGAGCACAUCGCCAAGCAGCGCUACAUCAGCGGCAAGAACCUGCCCACUCGAGGCGCGGCCGAGUGGCUGUCCUUCGAUGUCACUGACACAGUUCGGGAAUGGCUCCUGCGCAGAGAGUCCAACCUGGGGCUAGAAAUCAGCAUUCAUUGUCCAUGUCAUACCUUCCAACCUAAUGGAGACAUUCUGGAGAACAUUCAUGAGGUGAUGGAGAUCAAAUUCAAAGGUGUUGACAGUGAGGAAGAUUAUGGGCGUGGAGAUCUUGGGCGACUGAAGAAACAGAAAGAUCACCACAAUCCACAUUUGAUUUUGAUGAUGAUUCCUCCACAUCGCCUUGACAGUCCAGGCCAGGGAGGCCAAAGAAAGAAACGGGCUCUUGAUACCAACUACUGCUUCAGGAAUUUGGAGGAGAACUGUUGUGUGCGUCCUCUCUACAUUGACUUCCGACAAGAUCUGGGCUGGAAGUGGGUCCAUGAACCUAAGGGCUACUAUGCCAACUUCUGCUCAGGUCCUUGCCCAUACCUCCGAAGUGCAGACACGACUCAUAGCACGGUGCUGGGGCUGUAUAAUACACUAAACCCUGAAGCAUCCGCUUCACCUUGUUGUGUGCCCCAAGACCUGGAGCCUCUGACCAUCCUGUACUAUGUUGGGAGGACCCCCAAAGUGGAGCAGCUAUCUAACAUGGUGGUAAAAUCCUGUAAGUGCAGCUGAAAUGCUGCCAGCCCUUCCUGCGACCAAGAGAGAAUGAGAGAGAGAGAGAGAAAAAAAAUGAAACCCAACACAACUGUUACUGUGGAACUGCUCCUAGGGAAACACAAGAACAGACUUCACCUAGAGACCGGGAGACCACAACCGUCAGCCCUGGACCAAUUGCUGAGACAGAGGCUCCCUUUUGGAACAUUUUCUUUCUUGCUAGCUCUGACAAUGACUGUGGUGAAAAAAAAAGUGUGGGUUUGGCUAGAGGAAAACCAGUGUCUCCAAAGUACUUGGAUUUUUCUGUGAUGCUCUUUGUGGAUGGUAGGGAGAGAGAGGAAUCUGGCAAGUCAAGGGAUUUGCUAUGUUACAAUUGAGGGAUAAUGUGGGGAAAGGGAGAGAAAGUGUAGAAAAUGUCUGAGAGGGAAUGACAUUUUUGAUCUGAAUUUAGGUUGCUGCUGCCUGUCUGUCCUUGGGAGUCUCGAUUUCAUUUUCUUGAAGCCACACAAGGCAAGCCUUUUCUUUCAUAUAGAUCACCAAGAAGGGAAAAUUCCCCAAACUGUACUCUUACUGCCUGGGAUCAGGGACAGAGUUGCUACUUUUGCCAACUGUCCCUCCUACAUCCAUCACUUUGCAUCCUUGGGGCAAUAGAGGGAUAUAACCCAUCUAAGAGAAUCCCUGAGUAAACAGUUGAGCCCUGUGAGUAUGUUGAGCUCAGGAGCAGAGGGCUAGCUGACGGCAUCAUAACUAAGAACUAAUUCUCUCUGUUUGCCUUCUGGGCAGUUCCUCUCACUCUCUUCCUCAAUCCACUCCCCCUUAGAGUUUUUGCUAGACA